AUGGACCACUGUCCGCUCCCUCCCGGGAAGGGACAUAUCAAAGUCCGGAACUUCACAGUCACGCCCUAUACCGCGGAUUCCAAAGGCUUUUUAGGCUAUCCUGCGAGGCGAGGCUGGUCGUCCGACGACCUCAACUCCCGAGACUUUCAGCAGCUUCGGCCUGUGGCCGAAGUGCGCGACUUCUUCCAGGGAUGGCUCUUCUUCGGCUGCGUGAUCGAGUUUCUCGCCAUUUGCGGCAUAUCUGCUCAACACGGCGACUUUCUGACUCCCGACGGUCAGUCUGUGACCACGAAGCGCCUCACGCAGAUGCUCCAGGAAUGGAAGCAGAUUGCACGAAAGAGACAGGUCGUUGAUAGCAUGAGGAUACCUACAACCAUACAGGCCGCAUUGAUUCUCGGGACCGUGAGGGACUUUCUUGAUGACUAUUGCUUGCCCAGAGGUGGUGGACAAGGCUUGCAAGCUGAUAUGCGUGCCCGGCUCGUCGCGAAGUCCCCCUUGCCCCAAAGAGUAUGGAUGUCCAUCAUCGCCCUCGGACAUGCACUCACAUCGGCAAUGAUCAGUGGGUGUGAUAUCCGGCGCACUGGUAGUCGUUGGGGAGGGUCGAUGGUGCUCGAACAGCGAAUGUUGGCCAAAAGAUGGUGUCCACAGGAUGUCCACCGAAUGCUUUCCGACUACGGUGGGACCGUCUACGAGCAGUAUUACCUGGCCAAGAUGACAAAUGCCGAGAUUACCGGCUCCCAAGACGAUAGAGACAGGGCCAUAUCCCAUGAAGAAUGUACCGAGUUUGAAUGCCGUGGACGCAACAUCGACCAGAAAACGUACCGUCAGUUCCACGCACGCAGUUGUGAUGGCGAGUGCGGUGGCUUUCGAAGUGCAGAUCUCGAAAAGUUGACGACGAUCAUCAAGGCUGGCGACAUCCCCGUGUUCAAAUGGAACCUUGAAACCAAGAAGCUCGAACUGGAGGCUGCCAAAGUCAACGGAAAGAAAGUCGGAGAGCCCCCCUUCAUGGCCAUCUCCCAUAUAUGGAGUGACGGCCUUGGGAACCAGGAUGACAAUGCAAUCUAUGUAUGUCAGCUAGAGGCGUUGCAACACUCGGUCGAGACGGCCGGCCAAAACCACAAGAUGCCGGUGAGAAAUCCGUCACACUUCUGGAUCGACACCCUCUGCGUUCCAGUCCAGAAGGAGAAUAAAGACCUGCGCAAGAAGUGCAUCCGGGACAUGUGGAGAAUCUACGAGAGCUCUUGCUCUGUGCUUGUUCUUUGUUCCUUGCGCAAGACUGCGGCGACCGCGAAAGGGCCCGAACGACGAAUAGCGGAGCACCUCAACAACUGGGACCGCCGACUGUGGACGUACCAGGAAUGCAUCAUGGCUCGUAAACGUCUGAUUCAAUACGCGGACAAAACAGUCGAUCACGUUAGCAUCGAGGCUGACUUCUACCGGGAUAAGCUGUGGGCCCCUUGGUCCGUGGCAGAUCCUCUCGCACCCUUGGCAUCAAAGAUAGCAGCCCGAUCCACGUCCAAGAAGAGCGACGAGAUGCUUUGUCUGGCCACUAUCAUGCGCCUUGACAUAGAGCCGUUUCUGAACGCAGAGACGCUCUUGAAGAAGGAGAAGGGCCUCGGCGAGAAAGAGGAGGUCAGUGACGUCGAACUUGCAGACAGACGAACGGAGAUAUUCUGGCAAACCAUCCGUGAAUGCCAGUGGGGAGUGCUUUUCAAUUCUCAUCGGCGGUUAACCAUCGAAGGACUCCGGUGGGCUCCAGCCACGUUCCUGGGAUGCCCGUCGGGUGGCUUUGUGAAGCAAGUGGACCAAGGAUAUUGCAGACUCGAUGACGAAGGUCGCGGUCUGUCAUUUACUGCUCCCGCAAUUGUCAUUGAAACCCCGUCGACAUGGAGCGCAACAUCAUCCGCCCUGAUCAUCGAAGUGUCGGAUCCCGCGGUCGGAAGGGUCUGCGUCGAGGUCACACUAAGAGACCUGAGCUUCCCCUCACAGACCUUUACUUGGAGCCCUGCCACCAAAUAUGCCAUCCUGCUGGAGAAACCGCUUUCACUUCACGUCGCAAGUACGGCCGGUGGUCCAAUGGCCAAACUCCCCCGGACGCGACCGGAACUGGAGACCUGGCUUGAAGAGACCUUCCAGCCUGGGAGGGUGAACAAGUUGGCCAUAGAUGCCAUCGUCACAACGGUGAGAAACCCCACUAUUGGCGGUGGCUCUCAGAUCCGCCACGAGUGUAUUGCGGUCGCCAAAAUCGUCGAUUCCCCUGUCCUCGAUAAACUCGAGGAAGAAAAAUACACGAUCUGGGACGAACCGUCCAGGCACCUUUUAGCCUCGGCUCUUCAGAUGGAACGGAUUCUUAGUAGUCCUGAUAAUAAUACUGCAGACGACGAGGACGAGGACGACUCUAGCGGCGGCAGCGACAGCGACGACGAGGAUGAUAAUGACGACGACGGCGGCGACGAUGAUGGUAUUGAUAAUGACGAUGAUAACGAUCAGUGGGAAGAUGAUGACAGUGAUGACAUUAAUAACUCCGAUAGUAACGACGACGACGACGACGACGACGAUGGUGCCUCCCACGAGGAGACUAAUUAUUACGACGACCUCGAAUCGAACGCAAAUUCAGCAGACGAGAACGAAAGCCUAUAUCUGCAACUCGACAAUGAUGCCCUGGAUUCUGGAUCGGAAUCUGCAGAUGAACAUCCCUAUCGGGUCUUUGGCGAGGAGCAAUCGCAUCCGAUCCCGCCUGCUCGAAUCGAAGGGACGCGAAGCCCUGACGAUACUCGGUGGUUUCUCUUGUAG